AUGUCGGCCGCCACGAAACUCGGCGAAGUGACGCCGACUUCGCAGGACUUCCCUCUGUAUCUCGACCUGGGCAGUGGACUGACUGCCAAGCUCGACGAACACGACUACGCCGUCCUCGUAGACCAUAGGCUAGAGUUCAACGCCCGUUGCUUGGGAUUCGGCCUCAAGUACGCAUGGAUCCGCGCGGCGCCGGCCAACAUGCGAUUGUGGUCGAUAGGACUCGGCCGGCUUCGGGCGGCGAUGGGCAAGGAAGACCACUCAUGCUUUGCAACGGUGUUCGACGCCGACGUAGCUGUUAUCCCUCUGCAUUCGAGGUUUUUCCGGGCGGCGGUGCUGGCCGAGCUCGGCCGCGAUGGCCGGCACUGGGAGUGGCCGAAGCCUUCUGCUGAAGAGGUGGCGGCCAGGCUCGCCGACUUCAAUGAACCCGUUCGAGAUAAAAUGCGCGACACCGUCCGGGACGGCGACGCAGGCUCUGGCCUCCUCUCAAUGAGCGCGCUGUGCUGGGUGGUGAAGAGGAUGGAUCGCCUGACCGGCGACGACCGUCGCAGUGCGACCAGCAUGGACAAGGUCCUCGUUUCGGGGUUGAAGGAGCUGCGGAUUCGGAUGAUGACAAACAUCAAGGAACACGUCGCACGCAGACGGUCAGGCCAUGUCGGAGUUGGUGCCGAUGCCUGUGAAGACGACGCCGCGGAGCCCCCUUCGGCAUCCCAAGCAGUCGGUGUCGCCGACACAAGCGGAGAGGCCGGAGACGGCGUCGACAAGGCAGAUGAGGAGGCAGAGAGGGCUGUGGCGAGGACCGCGGAUCAGGAAAAGGAGGAGGAGGAGGAUGACACCGACGAUCAGGAUGAUAACGAGGAGGAUCGUGAGGAGCGUGAGCAGGGGCAUGGGCAGGAGGAGGAGGAGGAGGAGGACGAGGAGGAGGAGGAGGAGGAUGAUGAGGAGGAGGAGGAGGACAAGGAGGCGGCGGCGGCGGAGGCCGUGGAGCAGGGUUUCGGGUCGGUGGAGCAGGUGGCGGAGGGGGAGAAGCAGCAAGAGGGGGAGGAGGAGGUAGAGUUCCCCUGGGUCGAAUUCGAGAUGGAGGAUGUUGAGGGAGCGGCGGCGGUGGCCGUGGAGGGAGCGGCGGCGGCCGUGGAGGGAACGGGCGGGAUGUCGGCGGAUGUUGUGUACGUGCGAGGGGAGGGUGCCGAUGUGGAGAAUGUCGGCGUGGAGGAGGCGCACGUGGUCGGCAAUGUGGUUGGCGACGCGAAGGAGGAGGAUAACGUCGCGUCCCCGACGCCGACGGGCGUGGAGACCACCACAGGGAACGCAGGGGUGGAACGCCGGGGUGGAGCGGUAGAGGCGGGCCGUCAACCGGGUUCCUCAGCAGCUGGUCGGCAGGCAACGCCGGCCGUCGUCGCGCAGCUGCGACAGGAGAACAUGUGGCUGAGGGCAGAAAAUGCUCGACUCGAGACGGCGCUCGGAGUGGAGAGGGGUCGGGUGGACAGGUUCGCGAUGGGGAUUGGCCACCUCGUGGACAAGCUCAGGUCGUUGGCCGACCAGGUCGCCGCCUCCGACCAGGACGCGUCGAGUCGGCUGAUGGACGCGUCCUUGACCAUGGCGACGACCGUGACGGAGAACAUCACCGCCAACAUGGGUGAAGCAUGGGAGGCGAUGAAGGCGUACGCCGAGAGGGCGGAGAGCUGGUUGGACGAUCUAGAGAAUCCGGAGGGGUUUAUGGCGGUGCAACGUGCGAACGCGGUCGUCGCCCUGGACAACCACGUGGACGAAGCGAGGAAGGGAUUGGAGGAAUACAUAUCGAAGCACCUAGUCGCCGCGCAGACCAACAUCGCCGCCGCGGUAACUCAACGCGUCGCCGUCCCGCCGCCCACGCAGCCCGCCCCACCGCCAGCCGUCCCGGACGAGCUCAUGAAGUCUUUCAAGGCGGACGUGUUGAAGGCGGUGACUGAGGCCACCCAGCAGUCGUUUGCUGCGUCCGGGUUAAACCUCAUGACCCAGGUGAUCGGCCAUCUGGCGCCUGGUCGGCAUGGGUCGUCGCCGUCGGACAACGAGGCCGACAAGAAGGGUGCGAAAAGGGCGGGCGGCGGAGAUGAUGCGUUGAGCUCGAAGCGGAGCAAGGGAGCCGAUGGGAGCCGCGGCGUCGGCCAGGUGGCUCCAGGCGGCUCGCGGAGCAAGGGAGCCGAUGGGAGCGGAGGUACGAGCGUGGUCGACCAGCUGAAGAAGAACGGGACCAAGGUGAUAAGGACGCACAGCAAGGGCGAUGGAAUCAGGAGUGCGGAGGGGGGCCCUGCCGACCAGGUUGCCGCUCAAGAGGCUGGACCAACAGCCCCGCCAUUGGUCGCCGAGAAGCCGGCCAGUCUAGCGACCGCACCAACGGCGAUAGAUGGCGGCGCCAAAACCGUCAAAGGACCGUCCGUCGGAGUGGCGGGGACCACGUCGAUCCCCCGCAAACCCCCUGCGGCUAGCAGCGCGCCGGUCGCCCCGUCAGCCGCCAACAACGAUGGGCCGUCCCUUGCGGCUACUCCAGCACCAGCAGGCACGUCUGCCGCCAAGGUUGACGCGGUGGAUGCUGCGGCUAACCGCGCUGGUCCGUCCGCCCCAAAGGCGAACGCGCUCAGGGAGAUGCUCAGCCGCAUGGAGACCCAUCGACAGGACGUGCAGCAGCCUCCCGUGGUCGGCACCGCGCCGGCCACAACAGCACGUCGCUCGGUCACUCCCCAGGUCGCCGCCACAACGUCCAGUGCCCCACCUACCGCGCCUAUCAUCGCCGCCCGUCCUCCUGUGGACCCAAAGUCCGCGUUGCUUCGCGCCCAGUUAGGCGUACGUACUGCGGCUGCGCCGGCACGGGCUCAGCCGGUAUCCAGCUCAUGCGCGACGCCGACGUCGGUGACCGUAGCUGCACACACACUCGGUGCGGCUACUAUCGAGGCGGUGCUGGAGAAGGGCGUGAGUGCAGCGCUAGCCACGGGCGGCAGAUCAGUUGACCCUGCACAGGCGGCGAAGGACCACAACGACGCCGAUAUCGCUGCCAUCCAGGACCUGUUGGAAGCGGUAAACCGCCCCAAGCAGCCCCCUGUGCUGGCCAUCUUGGACUCGGCGAGUCCCACCGGCUGUACAGCGGAGCCAAAGACGACCACUGCUGCGGUCGGCGCGGGAAAGUCGAAACGGAAGGGGACGGUCGACGCAGGGAAAGCGAGGCCGAGCUCGAAGAAGAAAACACGGGCGACGUCGGCGAUGGUGAAGUCGGUGCAGAAAGGACAGGGGAUGGCGACGGCGAUGGUGGAGAAGGAGAAGAAGGAGGAGGAGAAGGAGGAGGAGGAGAAGAAGGAGAAGGAGAAGGAGAAGGAGAAGGAGAAGGAGAAGGAGAAGGAGAAGGAGAAGGAGACGGAGAAGGAGAAGGAGAAGGAGACGGAGGAGGAGGAGGAGGAGGAGGAGGAGGAGAAGGAGGAGAAGGAGGAGGAGGAGGAGGAGAAGGUGGAGGAGGCGGAGGAGAAGAAGCUGGAGGAGGAGGAGGCGGCGACGGAGGAGGAGAAGGUGAAGGUGAAAGAACGGAAGGGUCAUGGCAUCCGCCACGACUCGACGGGCGACAAGCAAGGGUGGGUGGGCGAGAUCAAGGUGGUCGGGAACGAGAGCAGAUACAUUGGCAAGUCCCGCGACAAGAUGGAGCUGGCGUACCUUCACUCCAUUGUGUACCUCCUGUACGACGGUUUCGUCAGCAAGAUCCUCAUGGCUGAGCUCACCGGCCUGGAGGAAACAGUGAUGAAGCAGUGGAGGGCGGUGUGGAAGGAAGUCCGGUUCUUGCCGGCUGGGAUGUGGACGGUGAUCUGGGCAAGGGGCGCGUUCCUCCCAAGGACACGGUUCGACGACAUCCUCGGGAAGUAUAGAGCGUACAAGACAUCAGGCGAUGCGCACCACGACGCGCUUUUGCCCGCGAUCUGGUUCCCCGUCGAUGCCGACGGGAAGUCGGAUGCAAUGAUGUCGGCCAUGCUUGAUCGCGUGUCCUUGUGCGCGGCGUAUGGGGAGGUCGCUGCAUCCGCGGCGAGAAUGGAGGGCGACACGGAUCAGAAGACGGCGAAGGUCGCACAGGCGCUGUCGGCCUCAGCUUGCGCACUGUGGUGCUUAGUCGAGGGCGACGGCGCCCAGGUGGCUGAUGCCGUCCGCGAAGGGAAGGCGGCGGCGAUGUUGGUCGGCGCCAGCGAGACUACCGCCGCCGAGUUCAAGAAGGUCAUGACGGCGGUGCUGGAGGCCGCGAUCAGCAGGCAGCAACCCCUUGGGGAGGUUGCGCACAACGUCGCACCGGCGCUGGAGUCCACCGCUCUGGCCAAAGCCUAUCCGGGGUUGGAUGUUGAAGCCGAGGCCAAACUGAUCGCACGAGCGACGGUGGAAACCCUCGCGUUCUGGGGAAUGUGCCCCGUGGAUGGGCCGAAACUCAGGAAGAUCGGCAUCGCGGUGCCGCUUGACGCGCAGAUGGAGUACGACAUCGAACACAGGGGGAGGAAGAGGCCGAGGGGCAAGCAGGUCAAGGACAGCUCGGGGAAGAAGGGGAAGAAGGGCAGAGCGGGCAAGGACAGCACGGCGGCGUAG